GGUGACUGGCCUCUUUUAGUAUCGAAGAGGCUGUGAUAUUGCAUAGCUUUGCCUCAGAAGAGCCAUGACAUGCCGUGCCAUGAAGUGGAAGUGAUAUGGCGAGCAACUCCAGUGAUGGAGAGCAGACCUUCCGCAUGCGCUUCUACAACUUCAACAUGGCCAACAGCAAUACGUUUGAAGGGCUCCAUCAAUUGCAGGGCGCGCUUGGCCGAUCUUUGGAAGACUGGAUCCAGGAGCCUUUUCCCGACGGCCAGUCCUGUGAUGCGGUCUUCGUGACCUUGACUGAGACCAGGCUGCACUUGGGCCCAUGGGUGAGAGAGUAUCGGAGCCAUUCCAACUCGAAAUUGGAUUGUGCCACAUAUCAGAGGUCAGUGUCCGAACCUGACUGUAGGACUAAUGACAUGCCGUGGAGCGGCAUGCUGGAUGGCAUGGCGGAAAAGUACAACGGGAACUUGAAGACUCUCCUGCUGUUCCUUGACGGAAGGUUCUCCCGGUCCCGGUUUCGGGGAGAUCCUGAAAUGUCUCCGCUCUUUGGAAGGCUGACCGACAAGCGUUUAGCUGGAGUGGCACUGCCGAAUCCAAAGAAGGCAUUCAUGGGGCGCAGCCUGCUUUCACGGCAAGGGCCGCUGCAUGUGUGCUUUGCAGGCGCACAUUUUCCGAUUGCAGAAGUCGCUGCUGCUUUGGAUGACUCCCAGAACCCCUUGGAGACUUCCAAGGUCAUCAUGGCAAGGAUUCUCCGACGAGUUCUGCGCAAUGCGUCCUAUCAUGGGCUUUUGUCCGAGAACACCUUGCUCCUGCUACAAGGUGACCUCAACAGCCGGACAGUGCUGGUGGACGGUGUUAAGGAUAUCCUCAAGGAGGUGAUGGCAGAUACGAAGCUCCAGGCCGCCAUCCGCCACAGCCUUCCAGUCCCUGAAGGGGAAUGGUUCGAGCCCAGUGGUAGGACAAGUGCCCUCAACCUGCCUGUUACUUACAAAUUCAGCUCAGAGGUCGGCACCGCAUUCAAGCAAGCUGACAGCGACUUGGUAGCUUGUGAGCUGAGUCGUUCCUAAGGAGGAAGUCUGAGGAAUUGCUUUGAUGAGUGAUUAGGCAUUUGUGGAUUCUUGUAUAUGUGUGUGCUUGUGUGCUUCAUGAAACACAAGGUCUCGCAUGGUUCAAACAGUGAACUUUUUGACAUGUAAAGCAUCAGACAUUUACCGCAGGCCGGCCUUUCGCGUCAAAACAGGAG